CAUCGGAUCAGAAUGCAUCUGAAAUUUAGAAGAUGUGCAUAAAUAAGGGCCCAUCCCAUGUUCUCUCCUUCUUUCCCUUCACUUCCCCGCUGCGCUUAAUUGCUUUGCAGCGCCGGUGAUCUCUCUCUCUCUUUCUCCGUUCAACCACUUCCUCUCUCUGCGUGCGUACACAUCCAGCUAGCUUCCUCAGUUCAAGCUCGCUCAUUCACUCACUGAUCCAUCCAGCCAUUCAAUACUCCACCGACCGGCGGUGACCGAUGGGCAAGAAGGGCGGCAUCGCCUCCAUCUUCUCCAAGUCCAAGCUCGCCGCCGACUCGCCCUCCCCGCCGUGGCCGUGGCCGUCUUGCGCCACCAACCCGCAAACAGCCUCCUUCCGCCAGCAGAAGGAAGAGGACCAGCCCUGCACCACGGCCGGUGGCUCCUCUGCUGUUAUCGGGAGGCUCCCUCGCAAGGCGGCCGGCGACAUGUACAAGACGGUCAACUCCGUCUACUUCGACUCCGCCGACUCCUACUCCGAAGACGACGAUGGCGAGGCUGACGAUAACGUGCUGGACGACGGGAGCUUCUCGACGACGACCGUGUCGGAGGAGUGGUCGGAGGCCGUGAUCCGCAGCCUCGGCCGGACCUCAACUGACCGCUUCUUCUUCGACCUGGGCCCGCCGCCGGCGUCCAACUCCAUCCUCGCGGCGUCACCCUCGCCGUCGCGGGGGAGGACAUGGACGCAACCACCGUCCCAGGCGCCAAAGGCACCAGCAGCGGCGCUACCAAUGUCCGACGACAACGAGGCGGAGGAGAACGAGCCGUCAUCGACGUCGCUGGUGGAGGAGAGCGUGGCGGUGGCGCUGGACUCGGAGGACCCGUACCGCGACUUCCGUGCGUCCAUGCAGGAGAUGGUGGCCGCGCACGGGCUCCGCGACUGGGCGGCGCUCCAGGAGAUGCUGCUCUGGUAUCUCCGGAUCAACGGCAAGCACAACCACGCGCUCAUCGUCGGCGCGUUCGUCGACCUGCUCGUCGGCCUCGCCACCAACACUACCUCCGCCACCGCGGCCGCAACGACCACAACAACCACGACGACGGCGACAAUGACGACGACGGCGGCGAAGAGUAGCAGCAGCAGCAGCAGCAGCUCCAGUACAAGCAGCAGUGGUGGCGAUGUGACUACUUGUAGCGCUUCUGUUACACCUGCAAACCUGGAGGAGCAAUGCAGCGGCGGGACCGAUUCUUCGUCCUCCUCUGCUUCCUCUGAUCAGGAGGAGGAUGAUCCUGUCGUCGAGGAGCUGAAGGCAAGCGAAGGCCAUUGCACAAACAGUGCACUCGAUUCUUUCUGUUCUUGAUGCUCUGCUCUACUUGAGUGCUAGCUUGGAUCACUCAGCAGCCAACUACAAGUGUUUAAUUCAGAUUUGGAAUGUGGUACAAAUGAAUUCUCCAUUUUCAUCGUGUAUUGACUACAUUUUCCUUUUUUCUGGUUAAUUUUCUCCGUGUUUUCCCCUUUAUUUCGAAUUCUCUUCGACCUGUGGUAGGUUGGAGGGAU